AUGCUAAUGUCAGGUGUAGGAAUAGCUGUUAGAAAACGGGUGGAGAGUUCUCAAACACUUGCCAAAGCUUCAAUAAUCAUUGACGAAGCCUGCCGUAUUGCACAAUAUAUCUCUGAACUCUCCGCAAUGGGUCUCCCUACUUCGUACCAGCUAUCCCUGGUACUCAUGUUGAUGAUUGUGGGGGUAUUUCAUAUAUGCCUCGGGUCCCCAAUACCGCAAAGUAGUUCAGAUGGCACCGAGUCGGACCCAAAUGCCACCCCACCCGCUGGCGACGGCCUCAAUACUGUCGAUGCUGGCGCACUAGGGAUUGUUACUUGGCACGCGGAACCAAAAGGCCGCGGCACCAUUGGAAUUCUUGUUAGUUGUUCAGCGACAUAUAUCUUCUGUAUCUGGACCAGUAUCCAUCCCAACAUCAUGCCGGAAACUUCAAAGAUCUGCCGACUAUUCUACAAGACUGUGCUCAUGUUCGUUUCGAUAGUGCUUCCGCCGGGUAUAAUGGUUUGCGCGAUGGGUGAACUCUAUGAUGCAUAUAGGGUCCGGAAAGCAUGGAACGAAAUGAGGAAGACCUGGCACAAGGAGAAAAAGAUUACGGCGAUAGACGAGAGCAACGAGCUAGGAAUGUACGGAGCAUUCUUUGUCGUCAUGGGGGGUUUCGUCGUGCAGAGAAUGACAUUAGAAAAGGAUGCAAAGGGGAAGGUUGUCGAGCCUCGCCCUGUACCGUCGACAGGAAGGGUCGGUAGUCCAAUGUCUUUCUUGUCCGGUGCUGGCUCUCUACCGAGCAAGGCGAUCGAGAUACCGAAGUCCGAAAUCCAAGAGAUAGCUCCAAUUACAAGCAACCCUUUGUCUACGUCGACCCCUUCUGUUUCACGCGCGGAAACAGGAAUAUCGGGACGUCCGGAUACUACGAUGGAGGUCUACUGGACUAUUCUCACCCCUGAAGGCUUCAUCGAGUACGUGAAAGAGGGCCGUAUAACACCAGCCUCCUUCGACAAGCGUUCUAUGGACGACAAAGGCAAAGCGAACAUGAUUGCAAAAUUGUUCGCAUUCCUCCAGGCACUGUGGUUGAUUGUGCAAGCGUUCGCACGCUGGGGCGAUAAACGUCGCCUGCCAUUGUCCCUACUCGAGGUACACGUGAUCAUACAGGUUGUUUGCACAUCAGUUAUAUACGCCUGCUGGUGGAAAAAGCCACUGGAUAUCUCUGAGCCAAUCGUGAUAGAAUUUGUGAAAGGAGUAUUUCCAUAUAUCACUGACCAAGAAAAGCUCGACCAAGCACUUGCCUCAAGCAAGGCCUCCGUCCAGAAAGCCAACGAGGCUCGCGAAGCGGCGCUUGCCGAGAAGCAGAAACCUGCAUCGGAAUCCCCCCGCUACAUAACGACGAAAAAGCCAACUUCAGACUUUGUCGCAGUCAUGAUAAAGGCAAUCUUUGAUAUCACCAAACACAUUUACUCAACCAAGAAUGAGUGGUAUGGCAUAGUGGCAGUGAUAGUGGAAGGGAUUCUUGUUAUGGUUGUGGGAGUGCUGCAUAUCAUCGUCGCAGUGGGAUACGACAAGAAAAGCUCAGCCCAAUACCCGACAGAGGCGGAGGCAAUCCUAUGGAUCAUUUCCUGCGGAGGGAUGAUUGUGCUUCCAUUUCUUGUGGUAUUCAUCGACCUCUGUACCAGGUACGAGAGGGACCUAUUUCGCAUUCUCUGGGAGGCUCCUUACAUGAUUGAGGGGAGUACGGGCGACCGGAGUAAGAGUCGGCGUUCGCUCAUACCAUAUACUUUCAGAGAAAUGCAUAAGAUGUGCGCAAAACGUGUAGACCCGGAUCCAAACAAGCCCAGAUCAUCAUUUUCCCGAGUUCUCUUGCUGGUCUGGCACUACUUUCUUCUCUCGACAUGUAUCUUUUUCAUCACCCUUACUUUCGCUUGUUCAAUCUACUUUACCAUUGACUCAUAUAUUGGCUUGCGGAGAGCAACGGACGAAUUAUUUGAAACUCCGCUGUGGAUAGACUUCUGGCCGCAUCUAUGA